GCAGCAAAAUCAGUUUUUCUUUCUGUUUAGUUAGAAUCCCAUUUUCAAAUUUCAAAUCCUCUCUCUCUCUCUCUCUCUCAACUCCGUAGCUACGAACUCAACCUUCUGAGCUCCAUUCUCCUUCCACCGACCCACAUGCGAUAACCAUGUCCCUCCUCAGCAGAUUCUUCUACAAGCGACCCCCAGAUGGCUUACUCGAAUUCAUCGACAGAGUAUACGUUUUCGAUUCUUGCUUCUCCACCGAAGCAUUACCCGACGGAAUGUACCAACUCUACCUACACGAAAUUCUCACCGAGCUACACGAAGAGUUUCCAGAAUCUUCCUUCCUCGCCUUCAAUUUCCGCGACGGCGAGAAGCGUAGCCACUUCGCUGAGGUUCUCUGCGAGUACGAUGUUACCGUGAUGGAUUAUCCGAAACAAUACGAGGGUUGUCCCAUUCUGCCACUGUCUCUGGUUCAGCACUUUCUUCGCGUUUGUGAGAGUUGGCUCUCACUUGGGAAUCAUCACAACAACGUUAUUCUCUUCCACUGUGAAAGAGGGGGUUGGCCCCUUUUGGCUUUUCUACUUGCAGGUUUCCUCAUUUUCAGAAGGGUUCACAGUGGUGAACGUAGGACACUUGAAAUGGUUCAUAGGGAGGCACCUAAGGGUUUGUUGCAGCUGUUGUCACCGUUGAAUCCUUUACCUUCUCAGCUUCGUUAUAUUCAGUAUGUGGCAAGGAGGAACAUUGCUCCUGAGUGGCCCCCACCUGAGAGAGCUUUGUCUUUGGAUUGUGUUAUUCUUAGAGGAAUUCCUGCUUUUGAUUCUCAGAAUGGGUGUAGGCCUUUGUUUAGGAUUUUUGGGAGGAAUUUGCUUAGCAAGGGUGGGCUUUCAACCCAGACGAUUUAUUCCAUGCACAAGAAGAAGAAGAGUUUGAGGCAUUACCGACAGGUAGACUGUGAUGUGAUUAAGAUUGAUAUUCAAUGUUUGGUGCAAGGGGAUGUGGUGCUAGAGUGUGUCCAUUUGGAUUUGGAUCCGGAAAGGGAAGUGAUGAUGUUUCGUGUGAUGUUCAACACGGCAUUCAUUCGGUCCAACAUUUUGAUGCUGAACGCUGAAAACUUAGACAUUCUUUGGGAUUCGAAGGAGAGGUAUCCGAAAGGUUUCCGGGCUGAGGUUUUGUUUGGGGAGGUUGAAAAUAUAAGUCCUCCAAGGGUUCCAACAACAACCAUUUUAAAUGGUGAGGAGAAAGGUGGAUUGCCCAUAGAGGCAUUUUCAAGGGUUCAAGAACUUUUUAGUGGUGUAGAAUGGGUUGAAAGUGGUGAUGCUGCUGCUGUCUGGUUGCUCAAACAACUUACAGUCUUAAAUGAUGCCAAAGAACUAUCAAGGUUUCAAGGUAAAGGAAGUUGGUAUUCAUCACCUGCUGACUCUGAAGAGGAAAAUAAUGAAUCAAGCGCUGCUGACAGUGCAGAUGAGGCUUUUGAUUUUGUUCCCAAGUCUUCUGCUGAUUCUUCGAAAUUAUUGACAUCUGAUAUUCCUGAUUUGAUUCAUUUAGCUUUUGAGAAUGAUGGUGGAGAUUAUGUAAAUCUCACUUCAAGAACACCUGAUCAGUCAUUGACUGAUAUUGUUUCAUCACCUCAUCAUGCUCAAAGCAAGGAAUUUUCUCCUUGUUCAUCUCCACCAUCGCCUUCCCCGAUUCCUCCUAUUCAACCUCCACAUCCAACAGCAUCACAAGCACCACCUCCACCAGCUCCUUUGUCUUUAGGUCUUGAUGCUGAUAAGGCUACUAGUUCACCUCCACAUCCAUCAAGACCAGUACAAUCAGGUUUAGCUGCCCCUCCCCCUCCCCCACCUCCACCCCCCAUAGUUCACAAUGCUACCGAUGCUUCUAUGUUGGCUUCAGCUCGUCCUCCCCCUCCCCCUCCCCCUCUGAUGGGUCAUAAUGUCAAUAGUACUCCUAGUCCACCUCCACCUUCUUGUGGACCUGUACUAUCAGUUUUGGUGCCACCGCCACCACCUCCUCCUCCUCCUCCAGGACCUGUACGAACAAGUUCAGCCUCACUGCCAUCGCCACCUCCUCCUCCAGUUCAUGUACAGACAGGUUUAGCUCCACCACCACCACCACCUCCACCUCCACCUCCAGUUCCUGCACGCAUAGGUUCAGUUCCACCACCUCCGCCUCCACCUCUGCCUCCUCCAGGUCCUGCACAAACAGGUUCAUCCUUGCGUUCUCCACCUCCACCUCCACCUCCUCUGAGAUCUGUACAAACAGGUUUAGCUCCACCACCUCCACCUCCUCCAGGUCCUGCACGAACAGGUUCAACCUUGCCUCCUCCACCUCCGCCUCCUCCAGGAUCUGUACGAACAGUUUCAGCUCCACCUCCUCCACCUCCACCUCCUCCAGGAUCUGUACAAACUGGUUCAGCCCCACCACCUCCACCCCUGCCAAGUGUACAAACUGGUUCAGCUCCACCACCUCCACCUCCAGCUCCUCCAGGACCUGUACGAUUGGGUUCAGCUCCGCCACCAGCACCAAAGCCUCCAAAUGCUCCUCCUCCACCACCUGGCCAUGGUGCAUCAGUGCCACCUCCACCUCCUGCAGCUAGGGCCUCUGGUGUGGCACCACUGCCAGGCAAAGCUUCAACAACAAAUGUUGGAAGAGGUCGUGGAACUGGUGGGACUGUUAAUGCUCCUAAGAAAACUGUGCUAAAACCCCUACAUUGGGUGAAAGUUGCCCGAGCAACUCAAGGAAGUCUAUGGGCUGAUUCGCAGAAACAGGAUAGUGAAACCAGGGCCCCUGAAAUAGAUAUAUCAGAACUUGAGAGCCUGUUUUCAGCAGCAUCUACUUCUGAUGGGAGCAGUACUAAAAGUGGCGCUCGGCGUGGUUCUAAUAUCAACAAACCUGAGAAAGUACAAUUGGUUGACUUGCGUAGAGCAUAUAAUUGUGAAAUAAUGCUCUCUAAAAUCAAAAUUCCUUUGCCAGAUAUGCUUAAUGCAGUUCUGGCAUUGGAUUCUUCUGUUCUGGAUAUUGAUCAGGUUGAGAAUCUCAUCAAGUUCUGUCCGACAAAAGAAGAGAUGGAAAUGUUGAAGAACUAUACAGGAAACAAGGAAAUGCUUGGAAAAUGUGAACAGUUUUUUAUGGAGCUGAUGAAGGUUCCGCGUGUAGAAUCUAAAUUAAGGGUUUUUGCUUUUAAAAUCACCUUUUCUUCUCAGGUUAACGAUUUGAGGUUAAAUUUGAAUACAAUCAAUGAUGCAGCCAGAGAGGUGAAAGAAUCUGGAAAAUUGCGUCAAAUAAUGCAGACUAUUCUUACUUUGGGCAAUGCUUUGAAUCAGGGAACAGCUCGGGGAUCAGCAGUAGGGUUCAAACUGGACAGCCUUCUUAAAUUAUCUGAUACUCGAGCAAGAAAUAACAAAAUGACUUUAAUGCAUUAUUUGUGUAAGCUUCUUGCGGAGAAAAUGCCAGAAUUGCUAGAUUUUGAUAAGGAUCUUGUCCAUUUGGAAGCAGCUUCUAAGAUUCAACUAAAAGCAUUAGCUGAAGAAAUGCAAGCUGUGAAUAAAGGUCUAGAGAAAGUUGUGCAAGAACUGACUGCUUCUGAAAAUGACGGUGUAAUAUCUACAGGAUUUCGCACGGUGUUGAAGAAUUUUCUAGAUAUUGCUGAAGCUGAAGUGAGGUCCCUUAUAUCAUUGUAUUCUGAAGUGGGAAGAAAUGCAGAUUCUUUGUCGCAGUACUUUGGAGAGGAUCCAGCUAGAUGCCCCUUUGAACAAGUGACACAAAUCCUUGUUGUCUUUGUCAAGAUGUUCAACAAGUCAAGGGAGGAGAAUGAAAGGCAGGCAGAUGCUGAAAAAAAGAAAUUAGAGAAAGAAGCCAUGAAGGAAAGAACAGCAAAUAACAUGCAUUCCAAACGAGAUGGUGUUCGAUAGAUGCUAAAAUUAGCAAGUGGCAUGUUUGCUUUCAGUUCAAGCACUCUGCACUAUACACUUUCGACUAUGUCAAAUGCAAUUCAUGCGUAUCUGCAUGCAUCAUUGGGAUCUAAUCCUUCUAAAGAUAAUACUGGCUGUUGGAUGCAUGUGGUUAAUCAGUUCCUUCUAGUUGGAUCAACGUGCCUCUCCCCUUGUGCUGAUAAAGGAGAAUUACAUCAACAGACUGCUGGCCAUUUGUAAUUAUACCACAAGGCAACUAAUAUAGAAAAUCCAUGCUUUGUUUCCUCUUUAAAAUAGGGGCCAUAUAUAAUUCUUUUGUAGUUAAAAUUUACUUGUGCUUUAGAAUAUCGAACUUUCCCAAUUUGUAAUCUAGCUGCAGAUAAGUUUUUGUAAUUCAAAAAUGCUUUGGGUAUAUGAUAAUGAAUUCUUUCCAUGUAUGAAUAUAAAACCAUAAUUAGCAAUCAUUAUUACAGCUGGAUGAAGGUGUCAAACAGACCCCAUGCCAGGAGUAUCUUUCUUUAGCUU